CAGAAAUCAGGAGGGACUUUCCUAAGAGACCUCAAUCUCUACAAGCAGUGCCAUGUUUCAUUUUCAGUAUCUGGAAAUGUUGCUAUUAUUGCUGUAUUUAUUUUGCUCCACCCACCUCCUCUGUCCUUCUCUCUCCCACGGAAGCUGCAGGAACCCGGUACCACAAUGCCAUCUGUCCAGCUGCCACUGCUACUCCUCUGCCUGACCUUACGGGGUGCCUGCCUCAAGGAGGGGCAGCCCCUUCCAGAAGGAAGUGACCACAUGGAAAGAAGUCCCUUGGAUGACAACCUGCAGAGGGCAGAAAGCCUCAUCCUUCAAUCUGUCCUCCAGAAAUCCGAAGAGGAAGAAAAGAUCAAUAAAGAAUCAAAUGCCCCCCUGCCAGAAUGGCUUUCCAAAAGACAACACCCUGGAAAGAGGUACGUAAGUGACCUGGAGCAGACAGAGCAUCCUGGGAAGGGAGAGGAUGAAGAAGAAUCAUCUUAUGGAGACAUUCAGAAGAGACAGCAUCCAGGGAAAAGAGAGGAAGACGACAACCUUGACAGUUACCAGGAGCUAAAAAAGCGACAGCAUCCUGGCAGAAGGUCAUUGUGGGACCAGCAUGCUGCCAUCCCUAGUGCACAGCUAGUCUACUUGAAUGAGUUAUCCAAAAGACAGCAUCCAGGCAAAAGGUAUUCGAUGUACAAACUUCAGCAUCUUGGCAGUAGAGGCUGGAAUGAUGAGCUAGACCUAAGGGACCAGCAUGUGGAGAAACACCAGCACCCUGGAAAAAGGUACUGGGAUUCUAAAAGCCCAGAUUAUGCAGCCCCCUGUGACCUUCAGGAGUCCCUCAGCUGUAACAAAGGCAGCUUGUUGCUUGAUUUAGUAGAAAAUGUCAGCAAAGGCAGGGUAGAAGAAAAACGUCAGCACCCAGGAAGGAGAUUAGCAUGGGAGAGCGAGGCAGAGGAAUGAUAAAGUAAUUGUGUGCCUUUGGUGAGGUGAACUGCCCGAACACUAAAAAAUUCUGUUCACCCCCUUUCAGCUCCCCACUCCUGACCUGCUGCACCUAUCUUUAAGUACGUGAGCGUUCCCAUUGAAGUUAAUGGCUUUGUCACACACUUAAAGUAGGAACUGAAGGUCCCAGCUGAAUGGGUCAGGCAAGUGCUGAGGGUCUUCAACUGCCCUGCUUUGGGAAGUUAGGAGUGCUCAGUUACUUGUCAGACCAGCCCCCAAGACGAUCCCGCUAUGUGUAUUCAAUGGUCUGUUCCCAAAGGACUAUAACAGACUCUAAUAUUUGUUUAGAUGCUACUAAAGCAGAAUAAUUAUAUGAUUUCCUCUCAUGUCAGUCAAAUUAGUCAACGAAUAGGAGAGAGAAAAAAGAAAAACAUAUGCCAAUGAUUUCAAAAUGCAACUGAAUAGGUUUUCACUUCCAAAUGAUGCAUUAACGAGACACAUACCCCUGUGCACUACAGUCUGUCUGGAAUACAAGCACUAAGCAGGGAUAGAGACUGUGUCCAGCCUGAACAGAUCACAUGACUGGCUUCAUACUUUUGAGUUGGAAUGGCCACAAAAACACAUUUCACUUAGGAAACUGCACAGCGCAAAGGGUUAACGCAUCCCAGAGCAACUAAACCACAAAUUGGGAACCCAGCUGCACACACCCUCUACUAGAACCACAUCCUGGUGCAUGCGCAUUUCAGUCAUUCUCCUUGAAAUCAUGCUGUCUUCUUUUUGGGCAUUUAAAAUUGCAACAAGCAGAUAUCCUUUUCUUCUGAUAAGGAUUUCUAAUCUCUCCCUUGUCAAACAAAUGCUUUUCC